GAGAACCUUUACUGGAAAGUUGUGACGAUACUAUACCUUUCCCGAAAUCGUUUUAUUGAGUUCCUUCUUAUUUAGCUUGUGUUGUGCUUCGGGUACCAAUGUUUUAAUUAACGCUUCAGUGGGUUACUAUCCAAUUGACGGAUAAAGAAACACGUUUUUCUUUUUUUUGGAUAAAAUAUUUUUUCGGUGAUAAUAUUUGAUUUGCGGCCUUCACGUAUAUCUUGCAUAUAAAGAUCGUUGCUUAGCAACACCCUGGAGGGAUGGCUGUACCGUGUUCUUAAAUCAAGUACGCGUGUCAAAAUAAAUUUUCAUUUAUUAAGUCAAUUUCUAACCCGUGAUGCUUAUAUGAAAGGUUCGUGAAUUUGUCAAAAGAUUGAAAAUGAGUUUAUUACCAGCGGUCGUUCCUGCUUUUAUUGUGUUUGUGUUGUGCUCGUGUAUUAGAAUCGGUAUAUGUGAAAAGGUUAUGCUCACGCCGGUACGGAUUGUUGCCUCGCACAAACAUGUUUUUGAUAACAUCAGCUCUGGUAGAGUUAAAAUACCGUUAGAAAAUUCAUAUAUUCCCUUACUUAUUCAUAAUUCCAUAAACAAAACUAUUUUAACAAAUGCGAGACAAACUACCAGGGGUGUCUCAGAACAGACAUCUGACAAACAUCAAUCAUCACCCACAAACAAAGUUACCUCUGAUGAACUUUUCGUGUUAGAAAUUGAACCAUGGUCUCUUAGUGUCCCUGCAGGAGUUUUGGCAUCUUUCCUUUGCUCUAUGCAAGUCAGUACUCGGGUCACUGGCGUUUCCUUUUCCUGGUCCUUUAACGACAAGCUACUCGUGUCUUCCCCGAACGUUUCCAUCAACGAUAAAACAAAUUUAUUUAAUUUAUCUUCAUCUCCGAGCAAACUCAGGUAUGAAAGCGUUCUCUCGAUAUUCAAGACUACAGGAGCAUCUGAAGGAGAAUACGGAUGCGAGGCGACCUUAGAAGGAAGGACUUAUACUAAAAAGGCUAAAUUGUACGUUUUUGUCAACUUUCACGAAACCUGCCAACGAGAUGACCAAUGUGGAUGGAUAACAGGUGGGGACUUACCUUUGCAGUGUUUAUCAGAGAGAUGUGCCUGCCCGAUCGGCUACGUAUUUGUACAACGAUCUUAUGUUAAACCUGGUUGCUAUAGGGAAGCAAUGCUGUUUGGAAACUGCCAAGUGAACGAGCAGUGCAAGAUGCCUAAUACUCUGUGUUCUGGUAAUGGCAAGUGUUUGUGUGAUUACCAGUAUUAUUUCCGUUACGGAGAAGGCUGUGUUAAAAGUUCGCUUGAUUCCAAAGCAAAGGAGGUGUAUACAGCUGCCAUGAUCUCCGCAGCUUGUCUUAUGAUCGCAGUCUUUGGAAUAAUUCUCACAUACAUAAUACGACGGUCCUUCUCUAAUCGUAACACUAAUACAGAACAAGGCAACGGUCAAGUUAAUGAUGUUUUUACCAUCAGUGAUGAACUGGGUGCCAUCCGGGCACUUGACAAACCUCCUACUUACGAUGAAGUGGUAAAACGAGAAAGAGAGGUUUUGGGAAUCCCGCCACCCGAAUAUACAGACACUAUGGCUGCCUGUCAAAAUGCCCCAUCAUUGGAAUCAUGCAGCAACUUAGAAACUCAGCCAAGUAAUAAUGCCAACAACAGCACCAUAACAACGGAAUUGGAGGUCUCCAUAGCAACCAUCGGGAAUCAAGACUCGGACUCAAUUUUAGAAUCAACUAACCUCGAAGGAGAAUCAGCAAAUAAUGUUACCCACAUGUCACCAAUACCCUUUCCAAUAUCACCAUAUGGUGAAUCAGACAAGCAACAACAGGAACACACCAAUCUAGUUACAAGUGCCACGGACGAGAUCUCUAAAGACAACGUAUUUGAUGCUGGAGAGGGCACUACGUCAAUGCCCUCUACCAGCUACGAAAAGUAUUACGACAAUCCUAUAUUCCAUUCAGAGUGAAAAAAAAAAAAAGCGUAUAAAUAUUGAUGAAAACCGUUGAAAUUGAUGUAUUUGUGAUUUUGUGGGCCUUAAUAUAUUAAUUAUUUUUAAUUUAGAAAUAACAAACACAAGUGUAUGAUCGAAGUUUUACGGAAUUUUUGUACAAAAGAAAAUUUAUAUCGCUAUCUUUAUUACAUUUCACAAACUUAUAAAGUUUGUUUCUGUUUGUAAUUAAGCACAAAGCUACACAAUGGGCUAUCUGUGCUCUGCCCA